AUGGAUAUAUCAGAUGUUCAAUUUACUAGGAAGACCAUUUUAGUUACUGGUGCAACUGGAUUCUUAGCCAAAAUUUUCGUGGAGAAGAUAUUGAGAGUUCAACCCAACAUAAAAAGGUUAUACCUUGUUGUGAGAGCAUCAAAUCCACAUGUAGCUCUCCAACGCUUGCAUAGUGAGAUCUUUGGGAAGAAGUUGUUCAAAAUACAAAAAGAAAAGUGGAGUGAAAAAUUCAGCACCUUUUUGUCCGAGAAAGUGGUGGCAGUUGCAGGUGAUGUUUCUCUUCACAAUUUCGGAAUCAAAGAUCAAAUCCUUAUUGAAGAGAUGUUGGAAGAGAUUGAUAUUAUAGUGCACAGUGCCGCAACUACAAGACUUGAUGAAAGAUAUGAUGUUGCAAUGGCGACAAAUACAGUGGGAGCUUAUAAUGUCAUGAACUUCGCUAAAAUGUGUAGUAGAAUAGAGGUUCUUCUUUAUGUAUCUACUGCUUAUGUUUCUGGGGAGGCAGAACUAAUACUCGAGGAAGGAUUUCAUAUGGGUCAGACCUUAAAAAGCCCUUUAAAAUUAGACAUCAACUUAGAAAAGAAGUUGAUUGAGGAAAAACUUAGUGAACUCAAAGCACAGAAUGUCAAUGAAAGAACAAUCACCUCAAUAAUGAAAGAAUUUGGAACAAUAAGGGCACAUUUUCAUGGGUGGUCAAACACCUAUACAUUUACAAAAUCAAUGGGAGAAAUGCUUGUGACAAAUAUGAAGGGUAAUCUACCCUUGAUCAUCACGCGUCCGACUAUGAUGAUCGGAACUCAUUCACAACCCUUUCCGGGUUGGAUUGAAGGUGUUAGAACUAUAGACUUUGUGUUUGUUGAGUAUUUCAAAGGAGCACUAACUAGUUUUGUUGGCCAUCCAAAGACAACUAUUGAUCUGAUACCAGCAGACAUGGUGAUAAACUCAAUGAUCAUAGCGUUGUUGGUUCAUUCUAAGAGUAAUUCUUCCAACAGUUUGAUCUACCAUAUUGGUACUUCGCUUGGAAAUCCAAUUAAACUUUCGGAUAUUCAAGAUAUAAUGCAUUGUUAUAUGACAAAAGAACCGUGGCUAAAAAAUUCUGGGAAGUCGGGGGCAUUCUAUGAAAAAUUUACAUUCAACCCCAGUUAUACGGAGGUUCAUGAAUUUCCCCAAAACAAGAGAUCAAGGUUGAAGAGGAUAAUCAACAUUUAUCGUCCUUAUCUUCACUUCUCGGGCAUCUUUGAUGAUAAGAACACGGAGAAGCUGCGGAUGGCAAUAAAGGGUGUUGGCAGCGUUGAGAGGAAAUUUAACUUGGAUCCCAAGAGCAUUGAUUGGAAGGACUACCUGAUGAAUGUUCAUUUUCCAGGUCUAAUCAAGUACAGCAUGCAACCUAAGAUGUAACGAACGCCUGACCUUUGUUGAAAGUUGGAACAGCAUAAGAAUGAUUAGGA